UCACAUGGUGCUGCCUUACCGAGAGCUGAUGGAGCCAGAUGAGAAAGGCAGGAGGCGAGCCCCUCCGGUUGCGCGUCAGCAUCCCCUCAAAUAGGAAUCCGCUGCUGUCACUUCUGCUCUACAUACUGAGAGACGGGCGACUGUAACCCCGAAACAACAAUCUACAGGCGAAUCUCACUUGGCAUGCAGCUGUUUUUGCAUGUGAUGCCAAAGAAGAGGAGUCAGGGGAGGCUGUGAGGAGGCUGGAGCUUUGCAAAGAAUGAUAGUGAGGAUCAAGGCGCGCUGUCCCAGGAGAACUCAUCUGAAGAGCUGGCCUCGAGAGACCGGGAUGCUCCUCUAACGCACCGGUGGGCGAGUUUUCCUGAGCAGACGGUCUGUGUGGCAGAGUUUGAGCUCGUGUGGUAAAGAGUGAGUUAAGCGAGAGGGAGUGGGUGUCAUGGAUGAAAGUGAAGAGACAAACCCUAACCCUACCUACCAAAACUUGCUGCUCCUGGGAGCCAUCGCGGCGGCGUCUGCCUUUGUGGUCACCAUCCUUAUUGUCCUCGUCUGCGUUGGCUGCCAAAGAAAAAGCAAGAGCAAGCACCCCCCAGCCGGAGAGAAAGGGACAUCUGUAAAUAUGCAGGGUACCCUUCGACACCCAAAACUGAACUCCAUGAGCAAAUCUGACACCAGGCUGCAUGAAAUCAAUCGCUUUCCCUGCAAUGGAAACUCUGUUAGCAAGAGCCGUCCAGCCAGUAUGGACCUCCUGCUUCUCCACAGCCGGCGCUCCCAGACAGACCUGAGGCCCUCCCAUGGGCGCCAGCUUCCCCAGAUCCCCACCAGUCCCCAGGGAUCAGGCCAGGGGGGAGGAGGGGAGACAGGAGGAGAUGGGGGAGGUGGAGGAGGUGGAGCUGGAGGAGGAGGGGAGGCUAGAGACCACACUUACACCGAGGUGGGCAUACGGAACAACCCCACUCCCACCCACUGCCUGGAUGACGGCUUGUAUGAAAGCGUAGGUGUUCGAGAGGGUGACGCAGGCCCCAAAGUACCCUCUGCCCCGCCACCCACAUCAAACAACACCCCAGCUACAGUCAGAGCUGCACAGAGCCCCCCAGCUCAGGCCAACGGAGCUCGCAAUGGGAACGGAAACGGGAAUGGUGGCAGAGGGAACGGCCGAGGGAACGGCAGAGGGAAUGGCGCCAUUAACGGGCCGAUGGCAGGGAGAGGUAAUGGUGCGAGCGGGGUCAACAGGUCCCCUCUGUCUUCUGUAAACUCCCUGGCCAUCCAAGAUCCAACUGCAGCGGAGUAUGCCUCCAUACGGAAGUUCAGAAAGGUCGACAAGACAAACAGGAAGGAAAAUAACGGGGCCGACAGCCAGUCAGACAGCCAAUCGAGUGUGAGUGAUUCACCCUCUACAGCUCCUCCUCCGCUCCAUCGCAGUCAGGAGUUUCCGCGGAAAGCCCUGGAGCCGUUCCACCUGCACUCCUUCCCAAAGGAGGCGGUGUUCAUGGGAAACGGGGAGCAGUACAUCUGGAAGCCUCCAGAAGAAGAUGACAUCAUCACCUUGCAUCCACCUCCAAUCCGCGGAGACAGCAUACAGGGGCAUCCGUCUCCCCCAACUGCAAAGGAGAUUGCAGACACCUACUCCAUCGUGUGUAAAACCCAAAAGAAGAAACCUCCCAUGGAAAACAAUGGAUCAAAGACCCUCCCACGUUCCUUCGGCGGAGGUUCCCGGGGCGAGGCCGAGGAGUUCAGGGCCAGGCGCGUUCCCAGGAGGAGCCCUGCUAUGAGCCCAGGAGGAAGCAGACGCCGCAGCAACCUGCGGCACCAGUGCCACCUCAGGGCUCAGGGACCCACCGCCCUGCCUGCUAGAGGCCUGCCUGGUGGGGAAAACUUCUAUGAGACCAUCAGCGAUGUGAAAACAAGGGGGCAACAGCUCCAGCACCACCACCAUCUUCACCUUCAAUGA